AGUGUCCAAAAUUUUAGUUGUAGUUUAUCUUUGAAAAAAUCAAAUUAUUUUCAUUUGCGGACAAGAGCCAAUCUCAUUAGUCUAACUAUUUCAUAAAAUUGGUUAAAACUGGUAUUUGUAUUUCGAGAUCACGAACGUGACGUGUUUUUAAUUGCUCAAAAGAUGAGUCUAGGAUCGAAAGUAGCUUUGGCAGGAUCAAUCGUUUUCACAACAGGAAUCAUUACGUAUGUCCAUAAUAAACAGAAGCAAGACAUUGAGCGUCUACACGACGGAGUUAUAAAAGAUGCUGAAAGACAGGAGAUGAGAAAAAUAGCUAAUCUAAAACACCUACAAGAACAAAUUGAUCUAACAAAAGCUUUAAAAGCUCAAAGAGAUAAGGAGAUGAAAACUGAGAGCUGAUAUAAUAAAACAUUCAAUAGAAAAGACUAAAAUAACUUUUCUGCAUAUGUGCUUCUAAAAUGAAAUAUAUUAUACCUGUCUGUUAAGUAUUUUUUUGUAAAUUAGUAUACUUAUGUAAUUUUCACAGAUAUUUUUGAAAUAAAGCUAUAAAAAUGAUUAAAUCCAAUAAUAUUUUUUAUAGGAA